AUGAGUUCAGUCUACAGUUCUGAUUUUGUUGCUGCACAGGCUAUAGAUGGCAAUCCAAAAAAUGUUGCUGGACAGAGACUUGUUGGCACUGAUUGUAGUGGUACAAAGUAUUCCUUCAAUCCUUGGCUUCGAGUUGACUUGCAAAAGGAAUAUCUUGUGUCACGUGUUAGAGCUAUCUUUAUAGCUGAUAGAGGUGCAAAUGUGUAUGUCCAUGUUGGUAACAGCUUAACAAACAGUGGGAAUGACAACCACAAGUGUGGAAAGGCUCCAUAUAACAGCUCUAAUCACUGGGAUGCAAUAUGGCGAGAUGUUAGUUGCAGCCCACCAGUUUGGGGAAGAUACAUCAACUUACAGAGAAUAGUGACAAAUGGCAUUCAUCAUGUAUGUAGGGUGGCUUUCAACUAUGAGUUGGAGAUUGCUAUUCUAGACAGUAAUACGAAUAUUGAAGGAACAAGUGUGGCAGUUGAUGACGAUCAGCACUACUCUAAUCCCGUUGAUUGUGGUGUCAGUCCUGAUGUGACCAACUUUAAUGCUCUCUUGCAAUGGAAACACAACACAACCAAUGAUGUACCACCUUCAAGUCUACAGAAUGCUGGUGUAUAUCAGGUGUAUGAGAAUGGUGUGCAGCGGCUCUACAUCAAGUCAGCUAGUGCCUCUGACAGUGGAGUGUAUACAUGUCAAUAUACCACAACUAAUGGCUCUCUAGUGUCAAAGUCAUUUACACUGAAUGUUAUUGUGGGUUUCAACUGUGCAAUAGAUUGUAAUAAUGAAAUGUUUGUUUGUCUACCAUAUUAUUAUGUCUGUCUAUUUGUUUGUCCAUCCGAUUUUGUUUGCAAUUCUCUCUGACACCUUUAUUCUUAUCUGGACU